GUAUUUGUGUGUAUGCUUGUGUCAACAACAACAACAACAAAGUAAUUUUUAAUUAUAUCAUUCAAAUAUUUAUUGUUUAACAAUAUUAUCUGUAAUAAAAAACAAAGUGUUCAUUGCAUUUCUCUUUUUUAAUGUUAAAUUAACAAACUUACAAAUAAAUUAAACACAAAUGUGUAAAUAAAUAUAAAUAUGUGCUCUUGCAAAUUUGGCAACCCUGUGGAACCACCUUUUUUUUUUUUUUUCUACAUUUUUCAUUGUUUUUCAUAGUCAAUCAAGUCGGCGUUAAAAUAUAUAAAUAAAUAAGCUUUAGUUUAAAUAGCUUUUAGAUUAAAUUACCAAUUGAUUUAAUCAAAAUUAUUUCGUAAAUUUUGUGCCAAAAAAAAAAACAAUCAUCAUGAGUGAUAGCAUUGGCACAAGACAUAAAAUGUCUAUAAAGGACAAUCACAUGAAGGCCAAACUUAGUGAAUUGGGUAUGUAUGAAGAAGGAAUGCGUCGUGAAGAGAUGGAGCAAUUACUAAUGGCUCUUGAUUCUUCAAAAAAUGAUACAUUAUCUCAAUCAACAGCUGGUGAUGUUUCUCCACCUUCAUUAGAAGCAGAUUCAUGUUUGAAACGUCAAACUUCAGUUGAAUACGAUGAUCAAACACCAACAAGAAAUCAACGUCCAUGUGAAUCAAAAAGCCAAGAUGAUAACACAAUAGUUGAUUCAGAUGAAGAUAUAUUUGAUCAUAAAAUUGAUAAUAAUGAUAAAAAUAAUACAAUUAAUCGUGCAACAUCAACACCAAGUUAUGCAAAUAUGCUACUACAAAAAAAUGUCAAUAAUAGAACAAUGAAAAUGUUUGCAAAAAUUGAUAAUUCAAAUAAUGAAUUACGUCGUAUGGAUCCACUUGAUCAUGAAGAUAUUCCAUAUAAACCAUUAUUACCAUUAAGAACAAAUAAUCCACCAACAAAACAAACAAGAAUAACACUUAUUAAUAAAAGACCAAUAAUACCACUUGAGGAAUAUGAAAAAAUCAAAAAACAUUUGGAUGAUGUUAUUACACAAUGGAAUAAAUGGGAAUUGGAAACAUCAGAUGAAGCUGAAUUUCGUUGGGGGGCACCUAUUCAGGUUGGAGAUGACAGUGCAGUCAAUGAAAAACCACGAACAAGAGCAGCAACAGCAACAACAACAACACGAGAAAGACGUGAUGAUGAUGAUAAUAAUGUUGAAAAUUAUUAUGAAAAUACAGGAGUUGCUCUUAGAAUUGUUGAUGAUCAUAAUGAUAAUUUAACUCAACGUUCUUAUGUAACACCAAGACGUCAAACAGCUAAAACUGAUCCAUAUAAUUUUGGUGAUGAUGAUGAUGACGAUGAUAAUACAUUUCAAUCACAAGCAAAACGACCUAAAAAUAAUAAUAUGAAUGCUAAUAAUUUAGCUUCGCUCAGAAAUAGACCACCAAUGAGAAGAAAAGGUAUUGGACCUGGUACAAGUCAACAAAAAAAAUAUGAUAGUAAUGAAGAUGAUGAUGGUGAUGAAGAAUGGUACGGUGAAGGUAAAAAAAAUGAAAUAAAUAAAAGUUUUGAAAUACCAGAGGGUGAAUAUAUAAGAAAAAUUCCACCACCAUCUAGAGCUAAAUAUGUAAGAAGUAGAAAAACAAAUGCUAAAUCAAAUCCAUUACAAAUAACAAAACAAAAUAAUAAAGGUAAUAAAAAAGUUGAUGUUGAAGAAAUGGAUAUAUCUGAAUCACCAAAAAAACCAACUAAGGGACCAUUAAAAGAUGAUCAAAUAACUGAUUUAAUUAAUGAUGAUGAUGAUGAUGACGAUGAUGAACAAAAUAAUACUCCAGAUGAUGUUAUUGAUGAUAAUGAUGAAGAUGAAACAAAAUUAGCCAAAGCAAGAUCACUCAUUCCUGCUCAUAAUAAAUUAAAUCUUAGUCUUACAAUUUUAAAAAAUAAACAAAAAUCUCUAAAAGAUCAAGAAUUACGAGCUCAAGAAGAAGAAAGAAUUAAUAAAGAAAAAGAAGAAGCUGCUAAAAGAGAAAAAUUAAAUGCUAGAAUGACAAAAAAUAAUAAUUUAGAACGUGAAAAAGAAGAAGAAAGAAGAUUACGUAAAGAAAAAGAAGAUAAAUAUAGACAAUCAUUUCCAAAAAUUGGUGGAGUUAGUGAUAGAAAUGAACUUAAAUCUGAUGGUGAUACAAUUCGUCCAGCACCAACUUCAAGUUGGGAUCCCAAAGCAGUAGCUUUUCCUUUAGCAACAAAUCGCAGUACACCAAAUCAAAAAGCCAAAAAUGUUAAGAAGGUCAAUUGUCCAAUAUGUAACAAGCUAUUUCCAGAGGCAGAUGUUGCAGCUCAUGCAUCAACGUGUAAUGAAUUUUCAGAUGGUAAUCAACAAGAACCUGAUGUUGAACUUGUCGGGACUUCUUCUGCUUCAUCAUCUAAACACGUAUGUGGUAUUUGUAACAAUUAUUCAACAAAUAAUAUUAAUGAUUAUGCUGAUCACCAACACAACUGUAAUUUUAAAAUACAUUCUAGGGACGGCGAAGCUUCAGGAAGUCAGUCAGAUAAAUCAGUCAUUGAUGUGGAUGAUCAAGAUAUGGACCUGGGAUUUAAACCAAUAAGUAAACUUGAUAAUGCAGAUUUAUAUAAUAAUCAAUUUAAAGUUAAAAAACCAUCAGGUAAAUCACCAGUAAUUACUAAUCGUAAAAGAAAACGUUGAUAAAUAUUUUUAUGAUUUAUUUUCAUGAAAUUUUAUUAAAAAA